AUGAAUGAGAAACAAAUUCUCGGCGUUGCUGGUAGCAGUAAUGAUGUACACCUUAUGACAUUAGAAUAUUAUAACGAACAUAAAGAUGAACUGAAAGGAGAGAAGGGUGACACCGGACCACAAGGACCACAAGGAAUACAAGGAAUACAAGGACCUCAAGGCGAAAACGGUUUGGAUGGAAAGGAUGGAAAGGAUGGAAAAACUGCUAAAUCAUGGAUAUGGGACCUUAUAAAUACUGGUUUAACAGCUGCUUCAUAUGGAGUUCUUCAAUACCAAAUCGGAAAGAUAUGGGCAGUACUUGGUGAAGAAGCUUUAGAUGACGUUAAAAAUGCUUUGAACUUCAUUUCAAAUGGUUCGGAUACUAUUAAAACUUUAUCUGGUUGGAUGCAAGAAACAAGGAGUCAAAUAGAUACUGUAAGACGUAUAGCAAACAAUGCACGUACGGGAUUGGAUACUUUACGAGAAGCACAAAAUACACUAAAGGAAGCAAAUGAUAUUCUUGGCUCAGUAUCAGACAUGCAUGAAGAUUGGCUUAAAGGUAUUGACAAAUCUUUAAAAAAUCACAGUCAGUCUAUUGCUGACUACAAGAAAAGUAUAGAUUUUUUACAUAGUGCUAUGGACGUACAUGAUGGAAGCAUAAGGAACUUACUUAAUGCUAACAAUAACUUACCAGGAACUAUUAAAGCAUUUAUAAAGUCCUUUGUAAAACCCGGUGCUCUAACAUUUAGGUCUUUGAGAGCAAGAGCAUUGAAGUCAAGAGAUGCAGAAACUCCAGAAGAACCACCAAAACCAACAGCUAAUGAAAUAUUGUUCGAAUAUUUUCCAAGGUACUCUGUUCUCAUUGCAUACAUUCAAGAAAUACUUAAGAAAGCAGACUUGACUUUAGGAGAUGAUGAAAGUUCUGUAUAUCUUUCGUUCCAGUUUCAAAUAGCAGAACUUUUGAGACAGAUAUGCUUAAU